AUGCCCAGCUUCUUGUGUUUGCUGCUCUCCUUGCAGGGUGCAUGUAAGUCACAUCCCCUCAUCCGGAGGACCCUUGCCAGUUGGGGGGGCUCCUGGGGGCCAGGGCAAUGGAGGAGGAGGGAGGGAGGGAGGGAGAGGCGGCUUCGCAAAGACCAGCAGGAGCCGGGAAGCGGGCGGCCAGGCGGCCUGGUCCUAGAAGGACGAGGAAAGGUUUCCUGUCUGAAACCCUGGAGAGCCUCUGCCAGUCAGUGUAGAGAGUACUGGCCUAGGUGGACCCAUGGUCUGAUUCAGUAUAAGGCAAAGCAGUCCAGAGCAAUACGUUUGGUACCAGCUUGGCUCAGGAGUCGCCGGAAGUAGGCGUACAAGGCGCCAUCCAACUGCCUAAGGGACUCCACUCCAGAUUUGUGUAGGGUUUGCUCCUUAACCUUUGCUGAAGAUGUCCCACAAGGGAGUGGAGGUUUAGGGUCAGAGUUUUUUCCUUCUCCUAGAUGGGCCACCUUCCCAGAUUGACGAGCCCCAUCUGCCCCUCACUUCCCGCUAUAGCUGGAACUUGUCUUCACACGCAGGGAAAUCUCUUAACUCACUGAGGGUUUGAGACACGUUAGCUAUCCUCACCUCAUUUAGCUGGCCAGUCGAAGCCUUUCCUGGGGUGUGGCCGCUAUCGCCUGCUGACAGCUUCUUGGCUCUUUUAUGUGAAUUGCCCUGAGACCGCCGGGUAUAGGCCGGAAUAAUAGUAAUAAUAAUAAUAAUAAUAAUAAUAGCCACAGGUGAGAGCUGAGUGACGACUGAGGACCAAAGUUGGACAAGCCACCCCAGAAAGAGCUUGACGUGUCCCACACCAGAGGUACUCCCCCUCCCCUAGCGCCCACAGUGGAUGGUUACUUUUUUUGAGCAGUCAAAGGCGCAUCCCACAUUCAGAUUUAUAGUAGUCCUCAGACUCCUCUAACCAGCCUGGCUUUUUUUUUUUUUGUUUUUUUAACCAAAGGGCUUCAGGAAUCCCUUUUUUGCAUAACUACAGUUUGCAGGAAUCUUAAAACUGGCUUAUGAUAGCUUUAGCCUGUGAUGGAGGUCCAGUCUAAUUACAGUCUAACAGUAUUUCUUGUCCUUUUCAGGGGCAGCCGUGAUAAUCCAAGUCCCUUCAUCCCCAGUCCAGGCAGGGCCACACUCUAAUGUAUCCCUGCCUUGCCACUUCUCCUUAGACCCUCCCAGGCCCAUAGACGUUGAUUUCCUGAUUGUGAGGUGGUCGCUGAGAGGAAAAAACAUUGCAACGUUCGAUACCAACAUCACAGUGUUUAGACCGAGGGGAGCAGUGCUUGAUGCGACGCGGCUGCCAGAGGGAAACGCCUCCCUCUACCUCUCGGACGUCAGGGAUGAGGAUGCCGGGGAGUAUACGUGUUUUGUUCUCCAUACUCCUGACAGUGCUGAAGGGAAGGUGGCAUUGAAAUUAGAAGGUAAGGGAGGCAAGGCGGCAGGUGGAAAACCUUUUUUAAAGCACCAAACAUAUUUCAUAUUAAAGUCCUUGAUGUAAAAUACCAUUUUAAAGCGCAUCCUUUGAAGCGCGGCACGUUAACUCCAGGCUAAACAUACCUGACAGGGCCCUAGUUUUAUUCAUGUAUCUGCCUCAUUGUGAUAUUAAGCAGCUGGGCUGUGUCUAUUUCUACAAGAGAAUAAAGUGUGUGGUUGCUCAACCCUUGCCUUGGCUCCCUAUGGUCCAUUGCUUGAAGCACUUUUCUCCCAGCCCAGCUAUGAUAACCAGAUUUGAACCAUCCUGGAGAGAAAACUACAUAAGGCAAUGGAAUAGAGAGGUGUAGCGAGGAACACCUCUAUGUUCACUUUUCUGUAAGACAGACCCCACACACUGCACCAGAACAGGGCAGCUAAACUAGGAUGCUAAAGCUAAGACCUGCCACUUCCACAUCUGUCAUUGGAAUAAACCUACCUGUGGAAAUCAUCUCUCCUUUCUCUGGGUACUACAACCAACUUCACCAUGACACAUGAUGACCAGCAAGAGAUCCUUUUCAGUGGUGGCUCCCUGCCUUUGUCAUGCUCCAGGGCAGCCUGCCUAGCUCCCACAUCAAAAUAUUUUAGGCUCCAUGCAAUACUACCUUGCCUUCUCUGGCUUUAGAAAUGGUUAUUUGCUGAAUGCUUACAGUGUGGUCCUAAAAGUCCAGCUGAGUUAACUGAAGCUUACUCCCAGGUAAGUGGGUAUAAGAAUUGCAAUUUGUACACUUCCGUUUCUUGAACUGCUGCAACUGUGGUUUAAUGGUUUUUAUUUUGUAUGGUGUAAAUAUUGUAUUUUUAUCUUUUAUCUGAAUUAGAUUUCUGGCCCAUAAUACAAAAUGGCUGCUGAUGGUGUGGGACAGAAAUAUUUAAAUAAAUAAAUACUUAUAAUUUGAGUCUCAGUUUUGGGGAGCAUAGCCACGGUGCUCCCUGGGAAAGAAUUUGCCUAUAUGAAGCACAUAACACUGGUUCUCUCUCAGCUGUGUUGGCUGCCAUUAUACUUCCCAGCAUUUUUCAAGAUGCAUAUCUUGAUAUCAUAAAUUGGUUAGGGCCGUGUAUUACAGGGAACACCAGCUCGCAUUCAAGCCUACUCCUCUGGAGAUGAGGUUUUGGGGAGAGCUGCAGUUUCAUGUUCCAUCAUUUAGAGAUGUUCAUUGUAAAGAAACAGAGCAGGGCCUCCUUUGUGGUGGUGCUACAGAACUGAGACGUGACCUCUCAGGAGAGGCUUGACAAAAGCACGCUUGACAAAUAUCAUCAUCAGCAUUUAUUUAUUUAUUUAUUUAUUUAUACCCCACCCAUCUAGGUGGGUUUCCCCAGCCACUCUGGGCAGCUCCCAACAGAAUAUUAAAAACACAAUAAAACAUCAAACAUUAAAAACUUCCCUAAGCAGGGUUGCCUUAAGGUGUCUUCUAAAAGUCAGAUAGUUGUUUGUUUCCUUGACAUCUGAUAGGAGGACAGAUGCCACUGCUGAGAAGGCCCUCUGCCUGGUUCCCUGUAACCCCACUUAUCGCAGGGAGGGAACCACCAGAAGGCCCUCAGCGCUGGACAUCAGAGUCUGGGCUGAAUGAUGGGGGUGGAGAUGCUCCUUCAGGUAUACUGGGCCAAGGCCGUUUAGGGCUUUAAAGGUCAGCACCAACACUUUGAAGUGUGCUCAGAAAUGUACUGGAGCCAAUGUAGGUCUUUCAGGACUGGUGUUAUAUGGUCUCGGUAGCCAUCCCCAGUCACCAGUGCAGCUGCCGCAUUCUGGAUUAGUUGUAGUUUCCAGGUCACCUUCAAAGGUAGCCCCACGUAGAGCGCAUUGCAGUAGCCCAAGCGGGACAGUCUCCCAGACCUUGAGGGAUGGCAUAGUGGAGAUACAGGACUGCAGCUCUUACUGCAUUUGGGGGCAGGCCAGGCAGGACUUAAAGUGAGUAACUUAAAGUGAGUAACUUAAAGGCCACCUAAUGAGUUCAUGGGCAAGGUGAGAUUUGAUCUGCAGAUUCCUAGUGCAUGUUUUCCACCAUGACUUCUACGCCAACUUCCUUGUACUGAGAGUUUCCUUUUACUGCAGAAGGGAAGAGGGAAGUCACAUCCAUGCCAUGCAUUUAAAGCACACUUAACUUGUGUGGCUUCCGGUGAAGAAUCAUGGGAACUGCAGCCUCCUGCUCACAUAUCUAGUUCCCAGCACCCUUUAAGCUGCCCAAGGAGAUGCUCUCCUAACUCUCCUCUCUCCCUCCAGCUCCCCCACGCCUAACACUCGGCCCCACAGGAGUGCCGCUGGGAAAACCAAGCACUUUGACAUGUACAGCAUCCGACUUUUACCCUGACGGUGUUUCUGUGAAGUGGCUGCGAGGCAGUGAGACUCUGAAAGUCGACUCGCCCCCUGCCAAGCGUGGGCCCAAUUACCUCUUCUAUGCACAAAGUGUCCUGGAGUUCACACCACAAAUCUCUGACGCUGGAGUUACCUUCUCAUGCCAGAUCCAUCACCGAGCGGUAAAAGACCCAAUCAGUCAAGAUAUUGAGCUGAAGGUGGUAGGUAAGUGGGAGCCUUUCCUGUGCAACCUGGAGUCCUGAAAUGCCCAUGCUAAGCACAGUUCCCCCUUAGUGAGACCCAGUUCUGACUCGCACUCUCUACCCUGUUCUGCCUCUGCGUAUUUUUCUCCUCAAAACUCUGUAUCCCUUUGCUAUCUGCUGAGGUAGGUGAAGGCCCACCCAGUCGAAUUUGGGUCCACACUAGGACCCCUCACGAUUGCGAAGGCACCGCCUUCUUGCAAAUCAGCUGGAAGUCGCAUUAAAAUGGUGGUUUCACACGCUACUUAACAUGGUGCUAUAUUUAGCAAAAAAGGCUUAAUGUUCCCCAUGUUCGGAGAUGGGGAGCCUGUGACCCUCCAGAUGUGGAUGGGCUCCUGCUCCCAUCAGACUUGGUCAGAGAAGCCAAUGGUCAGAAUGGUGGGAGUUGUAGUCAAAGGACAUUGGAGAGCCACACUUUCCCCGUCCUUGCCUCACAGGACCUGUAGUGAGGUCCGUCUGGCGCCUCCAUUGACCUCGUUCCCCCCAGGCUGUGAUGAACUAGAAUGGCAUUUUUACUCCCUUUAAAGGGAGCGCAUAGGUCUGACUAAAAAUACAGUCGUACCUUGGAAGUUGAACCGAAUCCAUUUCAGAAGUCUGUUCGACUUCCAAAAUUUUUGGAAACAAAAGAGCAGCUUCUGAUUGGCUGCAGGAAGAGAUUGAACCUGAGACCUUCUGCAUGCAAGGCAAAUAUUCUGGUGCUGAGCUGCUCUUGUGUAAUGCAUUUCAUACAACUGUGGCCUUUAGAGACUGUUAGGUGGGUUGCCUUUAUAAUCAGCAAUGUCUCCCUCUAGUGGCCUUCACCAGACUUGCAGGACCUCAAAUCUCUCUCUUCUCCUUGCAGCUCGCCCAGAACUUCAUAUGCUCACCAGGCCACCAGGGAAGACGUUCUUGGUAGCGGAGUGCCUAGUGUGUGGGUUUUACCCACAAAAUGUUACAGUGCAGUGGCUGCAAAAUGGGGAGCCGAUACAAGCGGGAAUAUACGAGUCUGAAUUUGAACAAAAUCCUAAUGGGACGUUCUCAACCGGAAGCGUCUUCUUCCCACAGCAGGGCCAUUUUGCAGCCAGUUAUACCUGCCAGGUACAACAUGAAGCACUGGAGGCACCACUGGAGGAGAGGAUCCCCUGGGAGCCAGAAGGUGAGGGUGAUGGAAUUACCCACCCCUCAUCCCCAGAAUGUAGUACCAAAUCACAUUGGCCAAAACUUAAACGCGCAUCUCCAAUUGACUCUCCUCCAGCUCUAGGAUACUUUGGAUCACCGAUGACUUGGCUUCUAGGAUCUCUGGGACACCUUGUGGGACUUGGCAUGGGAAUUGGAGCGACGUUGAUGUACCAAAGACGCAGAGGUGAGUUGGGGCUGCUGGGAGUGGUGGCAGAAAGAGCAGCAGAGUCCGUGGGGAGACAAGGCUGCAGUGCUGGGGCACGGGACUGCAGAUUGCAGUUUGGAGACACCUGAUUAUUGCGUUCCCUCUCUCCCUCUCUCUCUCCCCCUCUCUCUUAGCAGCCAAGUAUAAGCAAGCUGAACCAAAUGACCAAACCCUCCUGAAGAAGACGUCGAAAGUCAGGAGGGAAAAUCCAGAUGACGUUUUUGUUAUUUAA